UCGGAUCGAUUUUCGAGCAGUUGCCGGCAAAUCCUCCAUGGCGACGGAUAGAGUUAAACAAGCAAAAUGUUAGUAGAUAAUUUCCAUCGGUCACCUAGAAGCGAGUAUUUUGUGUGCGGUGAGCAUUAUUCUUCCUUGGAUUGCUGCUGGGACAAGGCCUUUGCUGCGAUCGGUAUGGAGUCUUUUUUCACUGAAGAGGACGAACCGGAGGUUAUCCAAGCGGUUGCAGCCGAUUCCAGCACUUCUUCGUCAUCGCAAAUUGGUGUUCCAAUGCUCAGCGCAUCUUCUACUGACCCUCUCCAAGCUCUGAGCCAAUGCGUGCACAACAUGAUGUCAACCGAUUUUCUGACAACUGGGCCUGUUGCUGCAAGCACUUCCGCAAACCAACAACCGACAGUGAAAAGAACUCGCGGUAUCAAAACUGGACCUCGUCGCCACAAAGCCAACGCUCGAGAACGCCAACGAAUGCACGGCCUGAACGGCGCACUCGACAAUUUGCGCAGAUUGGCACCAAUCGUCUCGGACAGUCAAAAACUAUCCAAAAUCGAAACACUUCGACUGGCUAAGAAUUACAUAAAACUGCUGAGUGACAUGUUGAACGACAAUCCAGCCAGCGCUUCAGCAUCCGCUGCGUCUAACAUCAAAGCAGCCAAUGUUUUAACUCCCGGAUUAUCCCAAGCCACUGUCAAUGUCAUUCAUUCGCUACUUGGCAUCAACCGCCGUUCGUCAAUUUCGAUUCCUAUGAGGGCUAGUGCCACUAACGAUAAUUUCGUGCAAGACAGCGAAUCGCCGCGCUCCAAGGGAGCUGAGAAUAGCGCUUACCGACUUAACGAUCUCUUAACUACCUAUCACCAAUGUUCUCAAAACCAGGAGAGCCAAACGCCCAUCAGUGAAGAAGAUCAAGCUCAACUGGAUUCAUUGGUAAAUUUACUUACCCAAGAACAGGAAUUACUGAUGGAUGACGCCAAUAGCAGCAGUUGGACUGGUCAAGAUACUUGGGAUAGUUCUUCCUUUGAUUUCGACGAUCCCCCCACCGACUUCUAGUCAAUUUAAUGAAUACUGGAACAAUCCUGUAAA